AUGUCCGUUUACCCGCUCAUCAAAAGCUCCUUCUGCCGUCCAUUGGAUAUUGCAGAGGGGCUAUUCGAUGACACUUUCGUGCCUGGGAUUCGGGACGGAGAUCUGUUUUCUCCCCCGGUCUACCAUCGUCGGUACUUUAUGACUCCACGUAGAGCCGGCGAUACAAGCCUCGGCGAAGUCACCUGUACACCGGACAAGUUCGCCCUCAACCUCGACAUGAGGAACUCCGCACCGGAAGACAUCUCUGUGAAGACGACGGAAAACAGAGUCGAAAUUCAUGCCAAACACGAAGAGAAGUCUGACGAUCAGGGGUACGUUCUUCGAGAGUUCACGCGGCGAUAUACUCUUCCGGAAGAUGUGGACCCUGAGGCGGUGACGUGCAACAUGUCUGCCAGGGGAGUUCUCACACUUCAAGCGCCGCGGAAGAAAGCCGUCAAAGAAGAGAAGAAUGUCCCCAUUUCCGUGGAACACACGAAGAAAGACGCCGUGACAAAGAAGUAA